GGGCCGGGCGGUCUCCGUCAGUCGUGCGGCCGCCGCCGCGCGCUACACUCCUACCAUGUCGGUGCGCACGGAUCAUCGCGAUCGUGAUCGCUUCUCGAGGCACUCUUCCCGCGCCUCCGUGGACCUCGCUUUCCCCAGCGGAUCAGCUCGGGAACACUCCUUCCGAUCAGUACACUCCGGUCGAGUACCGCGUGUCGCCAGCGAUGACCUGAUAGUACCUGUGCGCACGCUUCGUUCAGCCUCCUGCCGCGCGGCGCCAGGCGCUCCCCAUCGUCUCCGGCGCCACCAUUCUUCAGCCGCCGAAUGCGAGAGGGCGCGUCGUUCGCGACGACACACGUUGGAGUUGCCGAACAGCCGGGGUCCCAGCGUAAGGAGCCGGUCGCCGGAGCCUCCGCCGCCGGUCGCGCCCGAGCCUGAGCUGCCUCCCGAGGAUGCGGGCAAGGAAGCUCGCAGACGACGAGUGGUGGCCGCCGUUGCAGCGUCUUUCUUCGCCUUAGCUCUGGCGUCCGUGCUGGUGGUGGUGGUGACCCUGACGCACAGCUCCGUUCUCCGCGCCCACAACCAAACGGCCAAGUACUACACGUUCUCCGUGCCGCCGCACCAUCCUCUCAGUGAGCCCCGUUCAUGCCCCACCGUCGCCCCUCCCGCUUCGCAUGAGACUGUCUCCGACCCCGAGUCCCUGGGGCUGCGAACGUCAUCAAUUGUGUCCGACAGGAGAACGAGCGGAUGCUUCACGACGCCCUUCAGGCGGGAAUCGCCAAUCGCACCCAGUCGUUGGGGGCAUUGCGCUGACGCAGCGCUACUCCCCCCGGCCCCUGCGCCCCGCGGCCGCACCACCCGAGCCCCCCGAGCUGCCCAGUGACGUCACAACCGCCGAAGAGGUGAGCAAAACUACCCUCACUCCAGCGUGAUCGCCCACCACGAUCGGACUUUACCGUACAGUGUUAUUAGAUGCUGUGGAUUAUAUUAUGAAUGUUGUUAUACUCGUAUGGACGAUAUGUUAAGAGUAGAUUACUUUAAUGUACACGUACGAAACGAUAUGUUAGGUCUCGCUUAUGGAUUAAACUCGCAUUGUUGUUACUUUCUAUUUGAUGUCAUUUAUUUAAUGUAGAUUUUUAUUAUUAUUAUUUCAUUGUAAUAGAUAAUAAAUAAAUGUAACUAUAAGAUGACCUAUCCUUGUAACGAUCUGUAAAGUCUGAGUUUCAUAACAAAAAAAAAAAAUUAACUGUCAAUCCGUCUCUUGAAAAUAUUUUGUACCUUCUAUUUACCUGUCAUAAAGAUAAUCUAAAUUAAGAG